AUGCGUUGCCCGGACACGGAACGCGUCGAGUCUGGCGGGGUCGAGGCGCGGGCCCUGGUGAUGGAUAUAAAGGCCCCAAAGCCCACCAGUGCAUCAUGGAAACUCACGGUCAAUCCCUUACCCUUCAACAUUUCAGCAAGCCCACUACAACCACAACACGUCAUCAUGGUCUGCACCCGCAAGAAAGACUACGGCGACGCGCCGCCGCCGAAGCAGCGGAAGCCCUCGUCGAUCCGGAAAAAUACCACCGUGGUCAAAGGACCUGAUGCAGUGGCUGAGGCUGGUCUCUUGGAUGACAGUCGAGGCACGCUCGAGAAGUCUCGCAACAACACACAGCUCCCUUACUCGGAGUUCACUUUGUUCCAGAAACUUCCGUGUGAACUGCGCCUCAUGAUCUGGGAAGCGUCAAUGACACCUCGCUUUGUGCCGAUCGAACGCUGGCCCAAAGGCAAAAAGAGCGGAACUCUGGUCUUCCCUGCCCUGCUUUCCGUCAACAAGGAGUCCCGAUACCGCGCCCUUCCUCACUAUACUUUGAGAUUCAGUAUCACUGUCACCGCGGACCAAAUGGGUAUGCACAGGUGGGGUGGCCCCAACCACACAGUUGACACGUAUCACGCACAUGUCCUCAUGUCACCUGAUGACACACUGUGUUUUAUGGGCUGGGAGGACCUGGGCUUGGGGCGCAGACAUGAGUUCCGAGUCGAGAGCGCCGAUGGGACAAGCCCCUGGGAGAGCCAUCCGACCGUUUGUGGAGCUCAGCCAGAUGUGAGGAAGGUAGCAUACCUGCGGCCCGGCAUCGCGUCUACCGACAAGCUCGUCCACGAUCUGAACUCUACGAUCUCAGGGGACUUGAACUCAAUACUCCACACAGAACCUGGCCGAAUCAGGAAGCUGUAUACCGUUUGCGGUCCUUGGUACAGGGCUUCGGAGGCAGCUGACUCCAAACACCAUAUCUUGAUCCAUUCGCGUGGCUUCACUGGGAGCUUGCGAGAGUGGGGCCAGGAGCUCAUACUCAAGGCCAACAUGGGCGAUCUUCCUCUUGGGAACGGAGCGCCGGAUAUUGCGGCAUUUGAACUUGGAAAGAAGUUGACACUACCGCCCGCACACUACGAGCGAUGGGAUUGGGAGGGCUUCCCUGUGAUCUGA